AUGGUUAGCCCACUGACUGAUGUAGUCGUCUCCGCCAACAGUGACCGCGACACACUGCCAUCUCAAGCAAAGCCUUCUUCACCGACGUCAACGCCUCCCCGUCGCCCCGGUGCACGCACGGCUCAUAGCUCCCCGCUGAAGCGCAAAUGCAAGAUCGACGACUUCGCUCUUCCGCCGCCCCCGCCGACCGUAUCCGCAAACGAAGUUGCUCGGGACGACAUUCUAGCUGCAUGGGACCUCGUAAAAUCCAGUAACAAAGGCAUUGUUCAGAGCGAGGCCUCGAAGGAUGAACCCUUCACAGUCUUAGAUGACCCAACAGCGGGUAGUACACCAUUCCACCGUGGCCAUCGACGAAACAAGACAAGCUUAUCACAGGUGGUCUCACGCAGUAACCCGCUAAAGGGAGCUACAUACGGUACGGAAUCGAUUCGCGCGACAGCAGGACAGUAUAGCCAUUGGCCGACAGAUCCACACCAUAAUUCCUCUCCAGACGCCUAUUCAGGUUUGGAUUUGUUCAGCUGCGAUACUUCUCCUGAGGUGCGUGCUACAAAACGAAAGUCGCUACCAGCCUACAGCAGUACAACCUCCACCAUGGAGUCAGGCAGGUCGAAAGAGUUCCAUGAUUGCACCCUAUCACCGAGGACGACAGCGGAUGAAACAAAAGAAGAUGAGCGCACACCGUCCCAUCGAUCCUACACCCCUAGCUACGCCGAAUCUUCUCCGGGAGCUGGAGCGACGUCCCCAGCGGCUGAGCCAUAUCUGCCGCUUCGUAGGGUCGAGAAGUUCAAUGACACCGAGAGCUUCAACUUCCAUGAAAGCCCCUUCUCACAAUUUGAAUACGCGCUCUCGCUCUCGGAUAUGGAAACCGACGAUGUUCGCGACCUCUACCCAUUGGGAGCCUUUACCCAAGCAAGCGCUCAAGAGGGCUGCGCCAUCCAUGACUGGGCGCCCCCAUGGCCAUCGGAGCAGCCUGUGAAGAAACUCCUCCGCUUUGCUUCCCGACCAGACUUUGCACCCUCCAUGCACUACGAGUCAGAAUCGGAUGACUAUUCUUCUCUGCAGAAUCUCCUCGAUUUGGACGAGCAUGGUCCUGAGCCACGGAAGAGUCCGCUCAGUGCUGUCAAUGUUCACCCUCAGAUACAGGAUGAGGGGCUUACGACCCUCGCACCAGUUUCCUAUUACCCGGAUGUUGGAUCAGAGAUGACGAUCCUCCUUCCACGGACGUACAAUGCGACUCCCGACGACGAUGAAAUGACUCUUCCUUCACGCACAUACAAUGCGACUGGUAGCGAUGAACUUAUGUGUCUUCUCCCGCUGACGUACGAUGCGAACUCUGUGAACGCACUGGAGAAAGCGUCGACAAUUAAGCGGAAGCCGAUACUGCGAAAGGCCAAAGACGGGUCGCUUCGAUCUUCCGCACCGUCCCCCAGCUCUCCAAACUGGGUGGUGCAUGAUGGAUACGACACCGAGGAGGAUCUCUGGACGAAACCCUGCAGCGGCGUUCUGAUGAAUACGGAAGCCUCGGACCUUCACCACCGCGAUAGCUUGGAUGGCCGCGACGCUGACAUAGAGUCAAUCCAUAUCGAGAAGAGGCACAAACGCGGUGGCUCGAAGAGCUUACACGAUCAAGUCGCGAAGCCAGUCGGUCAAUUCAUUGAGUCGCGCUCAAAUGCAAAUAUUAUCAAGGAACCCGCACCAAUCGGCUCAAUCACCCGUCGUCCACUCCCGACCAUCAGUCAUGUUCUAAAUCCUCCACUCCCAACCAAUACCGGUGUCCUGAACCUCGACUUCCAGUUUCCGGCUCGAAGUCCGCAGCAGCAGCGCGGUGUCAGCAUGCCGGUCUUUCCCCCGCCUUCUGCUGCGCGUGCUCAAGAAAAGAAGCAUGCGCGGCGCAAAUCGUUCCGUCAAUUGCUAGGUGCUACUGGCAACAAGGAAGGUGGUACCGAGACGACAACGAGUGGAGACAAGCCGAAGAAGUCGCUGGGUCGACGCAUCAGUCAGAUGGGGAGGAGACUUUCCUCGAUAUGGUCCAAGUAG